UUGAUGAAAAAAAACCAAGGUCAACCCUUAGGACCCUUAUUGAAACAUUUAAAAUGGUAAAAAUAUUGACAUAUUCAUUAUCGUGCAAGUGUUUGAAUGAUCAACAUGUCUUCAAUCAUUACUAUUUUCGCAAUUAUUUUAUUCGCCAAUUUGGCAUCAUCGAUGUCCAUUGGUUAUUCUGAAACUCAAACAAUUGAUUACUCUUCAGAUGUUCCGAUUCAAAUGAGCAAUGGCACUAUCAAAAAAAUCUAUAAAAUAGCCGAACAAGUUACAAAUGUAACAGAUACUGAUUCCGUACUGAUGCAAUUGCAGCAAGUCACUCCUCGAUCAAAUGAUAAUUUAAACAACUUGAUGCUUCUGGUGGUCAAAAACCCUAACUUGACCGAUUCGAACAUAAUGGAACGAUUUAAUGCUUAUUACAUCCAUACAGCUAAAGCUGAUCCUGCAGAGAGUAUAAUUUCUACCAUUUGGAAUGUGAUGAUCAUUUCAACCAGAAAUUAUGUAAUGAAAAGAUUCAAAUCAAUGUUACAAGGAAUGCAAAUCCUUAAACCAUCAUCAAUUGAUGAGGCAGCGUCUUCAUCAGCUGCUGCUGCAACUACAACUGGUCGAAGUGGUGCUUUUCCAAUUGUUUUUCGACUACAUAAUGAAAUCAACAAUAAUAAUGAUCAAGAUAAAGAACCUAAAGUUGUUCUUUUGAUUCCUGAACCAUUUCAUCUACCAGAUAUUGCUUCACCAAAUUCAAGAAAAGAAGAUGAUGAAUUAUUUCAAAAUUCAACCAAAAUAGAAGAAUCAUCAGUAUCAACAACAAUCAACGAGCUGUCAUUAAAUCAAAUGGAAAUAGCAAUUCCAAAGACUGCCAAUUCGAUGGCAUAUGGCAUCAGUCCAUUGCGAUAUAUGGUUCGUCCGAUCGGUGCAUUUACUGGAUUAAGUGUGAAUGCUGUUGAUAAGACAUCCACCUCAGUGGGUACGAUGAUAACAAAUACGGGACUCCAUUUCAGUCUCGUAUGUACAACAACAACAAAAAAUUGAUUUCAUUGUAAUAAUUAUUAUUUUUAUUUAUUUCAAACACUCUUUUUUUAUAUUCCAUUCAGAUCGGUCCUAGUAAUGGUGCUGCUGCUAAUUCCAAACCCAAAACAUUGGCAAUGGAUUUCAAUUCAUGGCGUCGUUAUUUACGAGCUGUAGGACAUGGUUUUGUCAUUGCAAAAAUUUUAGGAUAAUCCAAUAUCUAGAAUUUGAAUUUAAAAAAUGAAAUAAAAUAAAAAUUA